CUAUUCUCGUCUGUCAAAUAUUUCUGACAAUUGUAUUUCAUUUUUGCUGCUCUGAUAAAAGUUUUGUUGAAAAUGUUUCCAUUCCAAGAACAAAAAAAUCGACCAGCACUAAUUGAAGCGGCUGCUCAGGAACAACUUCAAUAUAAAUGAAAGAUGUGAAAAUGGGGAAACGGCGCUCAUGGUUGCCAGCGCGGGCGGUUAUGUUUAUGUGGUGAAUGCACUGCUAAGCCAUGGCGCAAACAUUAAUGAGCACAAUGUGAUUGGACAUACACCGCUGAUGAAGGCCGCAUGUGGCGGCCAUGUGGAAGUAGCCAAGGUAAUUUUCGAGCGUGGAGCCGAUAUCAACACCCGCUCCAAUGAGAACAACAAGAGUGCAUUGUCAGUGGCUAGCUACAAGGGUCAUAUUGAUUUGGUGCGUUUCCUACUGCAAGCUGGCGCCGAUCACUUGAACUUCGCUCUUUCAGCGGCUUCAACAGGUGGCCAAGUGGAAGUAGCGCAAUUAUUACUAGACUCCGGAGCGCAAGUCAAUAGUUCCACUUAUCCACUGCCAUCGCCGCUGGAAUGUUCAAUUAACAAUAGUGACGUUGAGGUUACCACUUUGCUCAUCCAGGCCGGCGGCAACAUUAAUGGGGCCAUUACAAAUGGCAACACGUAUCUCAUGAUGGCAGCUGGCAAGGGGGACGUGAGAAUGGUGAACUUAUUAUUGGAGAGCAAUGCGGUUGUGGAUGCAACGAUGAAAAAUGGAGACACGGCGCUGAUGAUUGCCUGUAAGAAAGGACAUACCGUUGCGGCUAGUGUGCUCCUCUCAUAUGGCGCUAAUCUGGAGCACACGACGGAGGACAACCGUACGCUACUUAUGGAGGCUUAUCGUGCCUGCCACUUGACGACCUUGAACUUACUCAUCGAGAAGGGCGCACGAGUUACCUUCUCUACCCUAUUCGUAGAGAUGUAGAGUCUUCGACAAACGUGAAGAGGGACGAUCCAACUGGACACAAUCGGAACGACCGUUAUAAAAAACGACAAAAAAGAGAAGACAGAAUUGCGAAGUGACGUUUGGUUCGACUCUGCAGUCGAGCGUUCACACUGCAACUUAGCAGACGUCGAAAUAAAAAAAAGAAAGAGUAAAAAAAACAACU